AUGACGUAUGGAUUUAAUUACGUGUUUGCGAUGACCAUUGAUGAUGAUGAUGUGUGGCGUAAGCAAACAUUCAACUGGCGUAAAAUGCUAAAACAAAAAUCCCCUGACUUUCGAAGAAAUAAAACACUCCAAACGACGCUUUCUUGAAUCAAACUCUCCAGAAAUUCACAAGUCCAAGUUCCUGAUACUCUUAGACGACUUUAUUAUACGUUUUUACUCCAAAACAGUGUUUUUGGACUACUAAAAAAGCAAAUUUUAAAGGAGUUCCCUCGUGCGCACGCGCGAGGAUGACGCGAAGUUUAUAGAUCAGUUUAUAGUCAAUAGAUCAGAAUAUAUAAUAUUUCAACUGAACUUUUGUAAUUGGACUUAAAAAGGAAUGAAUUUAACAUGGUAUUGAUGGUAAUGCUUAUAAACAUCAAUGCAUGGCGCAUGUGGAUAGCCAUGCCAGCACGGACCAUUUAUUUGCAUGAUAUUUUAAAAAUGCCGCCUUGGUACACUUAGCAUCAGGUACAAAUGUUAGAAAGGUUCACUUUGAAAACAAUACGACCCUAUGAAAACCAUUUCAAAAUUUCUAUGUCUCCAAUGCCUCCAAGUCACAAACUUUCAAGGAUUUUGAAACGUAUGUACACAGGCUAAAGGGUUUAACUAAUACGCAGGUAAUAUACUACAAACAUUCGAGUAUGUUAGGUUUAAAAACUAAACUACAUCACUAUAUGGUGAACAAACUGAAGGCCCCCACCAUAGACAGGCUAUAGGGUUCAACUAGGACCCUGUUUACAAGGUAACAGAUGAAUUUGGAACCGGGCUGAAAUUCAUCCGUUUCGGCCUUUCGUUUACACGAGAACCACGGAACCGGACAAAUUUGAGAACCUCUAACAGGACAAAUUCACAUGUAAACUUAACAGGUGAAAAAGAACAAAUUUCAGCCUGGCCCCAAAUUCGUCCGGUACCGUGUAAACAGGGUCUAAUACCAGAAACAUUUGAGUAUGCUAAGUUUCAAAAUUCAAAGGACACUAUAUCAAUACCAAUAAACAAAGACAAAAUAUCCUAUUGCAUAGUUUCCGCUCCUUAACAGGCGGCCAUUUUUACUUGAGCCAAUUGCAGGUCCGCGGUUCACUUCAUGAACGUAGGUUGAUUUCACAUUGACGAAAAAAAACGAAGAAUUUUUGCACAGAAAAUUAGGGAACCCCAACACUGGACCUUACGGCCAUUGUAAUUGUUUUGCUCUAUCAGUAAACCUUAUACUUGUAUUUAAAUUCAUGUGGUAUAAUAUUUGGCGCAGGCUUAUAGGUUCAUCCCAUACCCAUUCUUAACCACACAUAAAUAUUCAUUUAAUGCCAGGUGCCUACAACAUCAAGUGGCCGUUGCACGUGUGGUAAAGGAUCUUGUCCUCAAUGUGAAAAGCCAUAUGCAAACAGAUGUAAGCCACAUGACUGUUCUAAAUGUGGGUUUCUACUUGGAGGAUCCUAUGUUCCCAAAAAGAAAGCUGUUAAAGCAACAGUUCCAGCAAGCACUAUCGUCUUUUCUAAUGAGACUACAACAAUAUACUCCGUGGUGACUACUACAAGAAAUAAUCGUUGUUUUGUUGUUGUGGAAAAUGGUCUAACAAUAUGCCCGAAUGGAGUAUGCAAAGAAAGCAGAUCUGUUUUCAUAAAUAGUGGUCAAACAGAAGCAUUCAUGUGUAAGCAUGCAUAGUGAAAAAGUGGUAUCUUCAUCCCAACCGGAGUGGACAUCAUUCUGCACUCCAAAAAAGAUCGAGACUUAUUCUUCAGACGACAGCGUCAAGUCAGUUCUGUUUGGUGUGGUAAAAGAGAAUUCCAAUUUGCCACAUGCAGUUCAGGUUUCUGCAAAACGGUUUGCUAUUUUCUCACUACCAAGCACAUCAAAUCCAAUCGGUUAUACGCACAUGAGUAAAGAGAAUCCAUUUUAUUCGUGCACAUCGAAAUAUUGCAGGACAGUAAAGGUCAAAACCAAACAACUUGGUUUGAGGAACAUUUGCAUGCAUAUUCAUAUGCUUUUGUGCUGCCUGCAAAAUAAUGAUGAAAUUUACAAUAUACCUCGUUGUCAAAGUGUGGAAGAUACAAUCGAAGAAGAUGCUGCAAAAGAAGAUUCUGUGUCUCGUCAAAACACUAAACAGCUGUAUAGCAACUUUCAACUGCCUUAUAAAGUAGAAACGACAACUUUAGCCAAAAAUAAGGAAUUGGAUUGCAAAGCACUACUUGGCAAAGGUGGAUGGCCAGAUGUGUUCGAACCAAAUGAGAUGUGCUGUGGCCUCUGUAAAUCUGAACUGAGCGCCAGUAGGACUCACCCUGCUUCCAAUGGAAAAGGAAUCCUUAUUACAUGCCUAAACCCAUUUCGAAAAAUAUCAAUAAAG